AUCUCCGAGAAUCAUUUAGGAAACAUCUCCGGAGAUGCAUUUACGAUUUGUGUAUAAAAACAGUGAACUCGUCCCAGACAAGUGAGAAAUGUCUAGACUACUUCAUCAAACCCUCAGUUGCAUAAACUCAGGAGAAAACAACCAAGAAUACAAAAGAAGAACCAGCACUUCACAAUGGCCGACAUAAACGUGGAGGAAGUACUUUCCCAAUUAACUCUCCCGGAGAAGAUUGGUCUCCUCGCUGGAAUCGAUUUUUGGCACACUUCUGGAGUCAAGAGAUUGGGUGUUCCAUCUGUUCGUGUAUCGGAUGGGCCCAAUGGAGUAAGAGGUACCAAAUUUUGCAAUGGGGUACCUUCUGCGUGUUUCCCUUGUGGAACCGGAAUGGCAGCGACUUUCAACAAAGAAUUGUUGCACGAUGCCGGUGAACUCAUGGCAAAGGAGGCAAAAAGCAAAUCAGCCAGCUGCAUCCUCGGCCCAACCACCAAUAUUCAGAGAGGCCCACUAGGUGGGAGAGGGUUCGAGUCUUUUUCGGAAGACCCGUAUCUCGCCGGCAUGGCCUCGGCCGCCGUAAUCAAUGGUAUGCAAGAGAAUGAUAUUGCAUCUACUCUCAAACACUUUGUUUGUAAUGAUUUAGAACACGAGAGGUCAUCAUCCGAUUCUGUGUUGACCGAGAGAGCCUUGCGGGAAAUUUACUUGGAACCUUUUCGCUUAGCAGUCAAGAACUCAAACCCCGCAUCUAUUAUGACUUCCUACAACAAAGUCAACGGAGAACAUGUGUCACAGAGUGCCAAGUUCUUAAAGGAUAUCUUGAGAAAGGAGUGGGGAUGGGAUGGAUUGAUCAUGUCUGACUGGUUUGGAGUAUACACUGCCAAAGCUGCUAUAGAAAACGGCUUGGACUUGGAAAUGCCUGGCCCUUCUUUCUUGAGGGACGAGAGAAGUAUUUCCCACAUGAUUGCCACUCGUGAAAUCAACAUCCAAGAUUUGGAUGAUCGUGUACGAAACGUCUUGAAGUUUGUGAAAUGGUGUGCCAGGGCAAAGGUCGAGGAAAAUGGGGUCGAAGAAAAAAAUGACAACCCUGAAACUAGAGCAGUCUUGAACAAAUUGGCUUCUGAAGCUGUGGUGCUCUUGAAGAACGAAGAUAACAUCCUUCCUCUUCAGAAGAACGAGACUCUUGCCGUGAUUGGCCCCAACGCGAAGUAUGCGGCAUACUGUGGAGGUGGGUCUGCCUCCUUGCUCACAUACUACUCAAGUACUCCCUUUGACUCUAUUGCGAAGAAACUCGGGAAGAACCCCGAGUAUAGCGUUGGAUGUUUUGCACAUAAGAGUUUACCAGGGAUCUCUUUGUCACCAAUGUCGAGGAAUCCCGUCACCGGAAAGCCUGGUAUCAAUGUGAGGUUCUAUGACAAUGCGCCUGAUGUGAGCCCAAGGACUCAAUUUGACGAGUUCCAGUACGACGCAUCUCCUUUACUAUUUUUCGACUACACGCAUCCCAAGAUUGUUGACGAUUUGUAUUACGCGGACAUCACUACUGAAAUCACCCCAGAGGAGUCCGGUGAUUAUGACUUUUCGCUCAUUGUCUGCGGAACUGCCAAAUUGUUUAUUGAUGGCAAGUUGCUUGUUGAUAAUACGGUGAACCAAAAACUUGGCGAUGCUUUCUUUGGAUCUGGCUCAGUGGAAGUGAUCAACUCCACGCGUUUGGAAGCGGGUAAGACCUAUGAGAUACUCGUCCAGUUUGGAUCUGCCAAGACUAUGUCAGUGAAACAAGCGGCAGCUCUUUCUGUUGGUGGGGCUAUCGCAAUAGGCUUUUGUAAAGUCAUUGACCCACAAGAGGAAAUUCAGAAGGCAGCGGAGUUGGCCAGCAAGGUGGACAAAGUCGUCUUAUCCAUUGGCUUGAAUCUUGAAUGGGAGUCCGAAGGGUUUGAUAGGCCUGACAUGUCGUUGCCUCCAUUCACGAAUGAGCUUGUGAGUGCUGUCUUACAGGCAAACCCGAACACUGUUGUGGUGAACCAAUCAGGAACACCAGUUGAGAUGCCUUGGCUACUGAAAGCAAAGGCCCUUGUUCACGCUUGGUAUGGAGGAUCGGAAUGCGGAAAUGCCAUCGCAAACGUGUUGUUCGGAGAUGUGAAUCCCAGCGGAAAGUUGCCCUUGUCUUGGCCAAUGAAGAAUAUCGACAACCCUGCCUACCUUAAUUUCAAGACGGUGAGGGGCAGAGUGCUCUAUGGUGAAGAUAUCUACGUCGGCUACCGUUACUACGAGAAAUUGCAGAGAAGGGUUGCUUUCCCUUUCGGGUAUGGUAAAUCGUACACAUCGUUUGAGUUUACCGACUUGAGUGUGAAACUUGACGAGUCCAGCGAUAAACUCGUCGCCACAGUAUCAGUCGAAAAUACUGGAGGCAUUGACGGAUCUGAAACUGUGCAAUUAUAUGUGGCUCCUGUUGAACCAGAUGUUGAUAGGCCUCUCAAAGAACUCAAGGGAUUCGAAAAGGUCUUUUUGAAGGCUGGAGAAAAGCGCUCAGUCGAAUUUAAUCUUUCGUUGAAAGAUUCGGUUUCGUACUUUGAUGAAUAUUUGGCUAAAUGGCAUUUGGAGACGGGUGAUUAUGAAGUGCAAGUGGGUUCAAGCUCUGACGACAUAGAAGUGAGAGCUGGUUUCAAGGUAUGCAAAGAGAAGAUGUGGACCGGUUUGUGAUUUUCAAAUAAAAGGCUCAGUAUUAAGGUAUCAUAUGUGUCGGAGAUAUAUACAUCUAUACAUAUAUCUAUAUCGUGAAUAAUUG